UACAUUACAAUUUUUGAGUGCAAUAUUAAAUUAGCUCUUGGAAAACAAGGGCGUGCAAUUGAAAAGAAGCAAAAACUUGAUAGCUCAAAGUGUGAAAAUGAAAACAACAAAAUCCAGUUAAGGAAGUCUAGCAAUGGGCGAUGCAAACACAGUUGGGUAGUUCAUAGAGUCCAACUAACUUCUCCUCGUCUUCUCCGCCGCUCCCUUCCCCACUCUAUUAUUUUCCCUCCACUCCUUUCUUCUCCAUUCGCUCCUAAAUCAUUUCCUUCUUCUUUCUCUCCAAAUCCUCUCUCCAAAGCAAGAAAAGAAAGGGAAAAAUGGCUUCUCCUUUUCUCUCCAACACCACCAUAUCUUUCUCCUCUUCCCUCUCUUCUUCUUCUCUUCCUCGUCUUGUGCCAUCUAUUUCUUCCUCUCCAAUUCGUUUCAAGUCAACCCCAAGACGAAUCUUGACUGUCCGAUCGAAGAUCAGGGAGAUCUUCAUGCCCGCCCUCAGUUCCACCAUGACCGAGGGCAAGAUCGUGUCUUGGAUUAAAUCCGAAGGCGAUGUUCUCUCCAAAGGUGAAAGCGUCGUCGUUGUUGAAUCCGACAAAGCUGACAUGGACGUCGAGACUUUCUAUGACGGCAUUCUCGCUGCUAUCGUUGUUGGGGAAGGCGAAACUGCCCCUGUCGGUGCCGCCAUUGGCAUCCUCGCUGAGACUGAAGAUGAAGUUGCCGAGGCUAAAGCCAAAGCUGCCUCAAAAACGGGUGCUGCAACCCCAUCUGCUCCUCCUGCUACUCCUUCUCCAGCUCCAGCUCCCCCGAAGCCAACGCCAGCUCCAGCGGCUGCGCCAGUUGCGGAGGGGCCGAGGAAAACCGUUGCGACACCAUAUGCAAAGAAGUUAGCGAAGCAGCACAAGGUGGAUAUUGAGUCCGUGGUGGGAACAGGGCCGUUUGGGAGGAUCACGCCCGAGGACAUUGAGGCGGCCGCCGGUAUUUCGCCUUCCAAGACAAAUGUUGGACCUGCGGUGGUUGCGGAAGCUAAGCCUGCUGCUCCACUGAAAGCUACAGCUGCUGCUGCUGCCCCUUCUAGCCUUCCUCCUCCAGUUCCAGGUUCUACAGUAGUGCCAUUUACGACAAUGCAGGCUGCCGUUUCGAAGAAUAUGGUGGAGAGUCUUUCAGUGCCCACAUUUCGAGUGGGGUAUCCUGUGACUACGGAUGCGCUUGAUGCCUUGUAUGAGAAGGUGAAACCAAAGGGUGUGACAAUGACUGCUCUGUUAGCGAAAGCUACUGCAAUGGCACUGGUGCAGCACCCUGUUGUGAAUGCAAGCUGUAAAGAUGGCAAGAGUUUUACUUAUAAUAGUAACAUUAACAUUGCGGUAGCUGUUGCUAUCAAUGGUGGCUUGAUUACCCCAGUUCUUCAGGAUGCAGAUAAGUUGGAUUUGUAUCUAUUGUCUCAAAAAUGGAAAGAGCUGGUGGAGAAAGCCAGAUCAAAGCAGCUUCAGCCUCAAGAAUAUAGUACAGGGACAUUUACUCUGUCCAAUCUGGGCAUGUUCGGUGUGGACAGGUUUGAUGCCAUUCUUCCCCCAGGCCAGGGAGCUAUCAUGGCUGUUGGAGCAUCAAAGCCAACUGUUGUUGCUGAUGCUGAUGGAUUCUUCAGUGUGAAAAACAAAAUGCUGGUGAAUGUAACUGCUGAUCACCGCAUUAUCUAUGGUGCUGAUUUGGCUGCCUUCCUUCGGACCUUCUCAAAGAUUGUUGAGAACCCUGAAAGCCUGACUUUGUAGAUGAUGCUCGGGUUUAUGCAAUGAAGUCACACUGAGUCUUUAUUUGGUGGCAAAGCAAGAUUUUUGUCUGUCUAUUUAAACAAAAUGCCCAACAGCUGAGGAGCCUGUUUUCUUGUAGCAGUCCGUUGUAAUGUAUUGCAUUUUUAUUAUUUUUUAAGGGUUUCAGGUGCCAUCUCAGAUGUAGUCGAAUUAGAUAUGGAUGGAAAGGAAUAACAACGGGAAGUUUUUGACAGAAUUAAACGCAAAUUGUCUUGUUAAGAAUUGUGGUUUCAAACUUUGUUUUCCAGUUUUACUAGAUUAGGUGUUGAACGUAUUAAGCUGGCACUCAGUUGUUUUUUUUCUCUUCAACAUCGUAGAUUCGCAGGUAUUGAUGUCGAGGUAUAAGAAACUGAGCAACUUUG